UGGAUCAGUGUAUCAGUCAGAUAGUGUCUCUGUGUCUCAGAGUGUCUCUGAGUGUCUCAGUCAGUGUGUGUGUGUCUCCUCAGCGGCAGGAUGAAGGUGUGUGUCCUCCUCCUGUGUGUGUGUUGUCUCUGCUGGAGGACGCAGGCCGACCCUAGGACGUUUCUGAUUACGGCCCCUCUCUCGCUACGUCUCGACGCCGUGGAGACGGUGCUGCUGCAGCUGUUCGAGUACACCGAGGAGGUGACCGUCUACGUCUUCCUGAAGACCUCCAUGUCGGCGGAUCGGAGCCUGGUCCAGGAUGUGGUGACGCUCAACACCCAGAACCGCUACCAGGCUACCGCCAGACUGCAGCUGCGCCCGGAUCAGCUGGAUAAAAACGCGAACCAUGUGAUCCUGCACAUCCAAUCACAGCAGGGCAUCAAUCAGCACGUGUCCAUCCCCGUCAGCCGCACCAACGGCUUCCUGUUCGUCCAGACGGACAAACCACUGUACACGCCACGUCAGAGCGUCAAGGUGAGGGCGUUCUCGUUGAACCAGGAGCUGAGGCCGGCCAAUCGCAGCGUCUUUCUGACGUUCAAGGACCCAGAUCAGACCACAGUGGACAUCGUGGAGAUGAUCGACGUCAACAACGGAAUCCCGUCGAUGCAAAACCCGUUUAAGAUCCCCAUCAAACCAAAGUUGGGGAUUUGGACCAUUGAAGCGGCUUACUCUAAUGAUUUCACAACAACAGCGAAAACAGACUUUGAGGUCAAAGAAUAUGUUCUUCCCAGUAUCAACAUCCUGGUGGAACCACAGGCGAACUACAUCAGCUCCGGAAGCUUCAACCGCUUCGGCCUGAAGAUCACAGCCAGGUAUGUGCACGGAGCUCCGGUGGACGGGGGCGAGGUGUACCUGCGCUACGGCUAUGUCAGCGGGAAGAACUUUCCGGUGAUCAUCCCCAGCUCCAUCAGCAAGGAGAGACUGUCCUCUCAAGGUGAGCUGGACGUGACCGUAAACAUGGAGAAUGUCCUCUCCAGACACGAAGGACCAAGAACCCUUAAUGGCCUGGUGGAGAUCGGUUCGUAUCUGUACGUGGCUGUGCUGCUGCAGGAGGCCACAGGUGGGAUCAGUCAGGAGGCAGAGUUUGCUGCAGUGAAGUUCGUCAAAUCACCUUACAAACUGACUCUGGUGUCCACGCCGCCCUUCCUCAAACCUGGACUCCCUUUUAUUAUCCAGGUGCUGGUGAAGGAUCACCUGGACAAACCGGUGUCCCGGGUUCCGGUGCGUCUGACAGAGCACCUGCUGUUUAAGAAGGGGACGGACAGCGAGCCGUACACCUGCGACCCCACCUCCACCAACAGCCAAGCGAGCGGCAUCGCUUACUUCAUCUGCAGCACGCCAAAUGACGGCGUCCGAGCGCAGCUGAAAUUUGAGACGGCAGACUCGUCGCUGACAGACAGUCAGGCGACUCUGAGCCUGGAGGCGACGUCCUAUCAGUCUCCUAAUGCUCGCUACCUGUACAUCGACCCGCCGCAGCCCGGCCGCGGCCUCGAGGUCGGACAGUUCUCCAACGUCAAGGUGUACUCAGUCACACCCUCCUACGUGCUCGUCAGAUCGCUCAACUAUGUGGUGAUCUCCAGAGGGAAGGUGGUUCACUACAACAGCCAGAAGUUCCUGGACACCAGCGACAAGAAGCAGACGGUGAGCUUCGAGGUGACGGGCGACAUGGUGCCGUCAAUCCGGCUGCUCGUCUACUACAUUGUCCACGCCGAGGGGACGUCAGAGCUGGUGGCCGACUCCGUGUGGCUGGACGUCAGAGCCAAGUGCGUCAACGGGCUCCAGACUGACGCGGUGCUCGCAGCUCAGAACUACCGGCCGGCCGAGAACCUGCAGCUGGACGUGCGGACCAAUCAGGACGGCCUGGUGGCGCUGGUCGCCGUUGACACUGCCCUCUCCACCGUGCGGCCCAACUACAGGGACCCUGUCGCCAUGGUGCAGCGUCACCUGGAGAAAAGCGACCAGGGCUGUGGCGGCGGCGGCGGCAGGGACAACGCAGACGUCUUCCGAUUGGCCGGACUCACCUUCAUGACCAACGCCAAUGCCCAACGCUCCACCAGCACUGAGCCGUGCAACUAUAUCGUGCGUCCUCGUCGAGCUCUGACUGACAAGCAGAAGAUGGACAAAGCGAAAAAUUACGGCGUGGUGGUCUCCUGCUGUCUGCAAGCUUUCAAGUCCAGCCCGAGGAUCCUCACCUGCCAGCAGUACGCCAUGCAGACCUACAGACACAAACCUCUGUGCAGACACGCCUUCAGAGAGUGCUGCGAGUUCCUGCAGCAACAUAUGGACCAGGCCGAGCGGGAGCUGGGCCGGGCGUUGGGGGCAGAGCUGGAUGACGUUCCCACUCUGGUGCGGAGCUUCUUUCCAGAGAGCUGGAUGUGGGAGGUGCAGCCUGUCAGAUCAGGUCAGCUGCAGGUCAUCAGACCUCUUCCUCACUCUCUGACCACCUGGGAGAUAAAAGCUGUCGGCGUCUUCCCGAACGGUGUGUGUGCUGCUGACCCGGUGCAGGUGUCUGUCAACCUGCCGAUCAGCGUGGACGUGCCGGUGCCGUACCAGGUGGUCCGUGGCGAGCAGGUGGAGCUGAGCGGCUCUGUGUACAACCAGCAGCUCAACGGCAUCAUGUACUGCGUGACUCUGACGGUCGGCCCGGCUAUCUGUCUGCAGCAGUCCCAGCCCGUGGCAGGGGAGGCGGAGCUUCACCGCACCACCUGCACCCAGAAGUUGCUGCCUGCGGGGAGCGUGGGUGCGGUCUACUUCACCCUGCUGGGUCUGGAGGCCGGAGAACACACCCUGACCUUCACCCUGGAAACGACCGGAGGAACCAAAGACAUCCUGCAGAAAACGCUGCGAGUCGUGCCUGAAGGAGUGAAGAAGGAGGAGUUCUCUGGAGGCAGACUGGACCCUCAGGGGAUCUACGGUUCAGAGAAGAGGACGGUGGAGCUGAAGAACAAAGUGCCGCCCAACAUCGUCCCCAACACGCCGGUGCAGAGGCUACUGACCAUCAACGGUGAGGUCCUGGGGGACUUCCUGUCAGUGGUGCACAGCCCAGAAGGCCUCAGGCAGCUCAUUGACCUGCCGGCAGGCUCAGCGGAGGCGGAUCUUGGUGGGCUCCUCCCCCUGGCCCUGGUGUACCAGUACCUGGAGACGACCCGCAGCUGGGACGUCCUCGGACCAGACAUCAUGAAGAACGCAGCAGACCUCAGACAGAAGAUCAGAGAAGGUCUUAUCAGUGUCAGUUCGUUCAGAGGAGAAGACGGCAGCUACAGUAUGUGGAGGCAGAGACAACCCAGCACCUGGAUGACGGCCAUGAUGGUGAAGACCCUGUCCCUGGUGGACCCGGUGGUCCGAGUCAACUAUCAGAUUCUGUCUGAAUCUGUGAACUGGAUGAUCCGACACACUCAGCAGCAGGACGGAUCCUUCACAGACACGUCCCCCUUCAGACCCAACAAAGUCAUGGCUGCAGGGACGUCUGCCGUUGACAAAUCAGUGUAUCUGACGUCCUUCGUGCUGAUCGCUCUCCACAAAGCCACAAAGAUCAAAGAACCACUGCUGCAGCUGAAGUCCCAGUAUGACAGCAUGAGGUCUGCAGUGAACUACAUUACCCAACAUGCCCCUGCUGUGAAGAGCGUGUAUGUGCGUGCGGUGGCGACCUAUGCUAUGACCCUCCAUGACUCCAACAGCAGGGUGACCUCCGACCUGUUCACCAGCCUGGAGAAACUGGCUCGGGACAAAGGUCACCCUGCCACCCUGAGGUAUUGGCAGGACUCCAGUGUGACGGCUGAGUGGGUGAAACCAGAUGAGACCAGCGGUCAGACGGUGGAGACGACGGCAUACGUGCUGCUCACUGUUAUACUCAAGGGGAGGAUCCCGUACGCCAACCCCAUCCUGUCUUGGCUGACCCAGGAUCAGCACUACGGAGAAGGAUUCUACACCGUACAGGACACCAUUUUGACCCUGGAGGCGAUCACAGAGUACAGUAAAGCUGUCCCUCGAGCUGUCCUCAACCAGGACAUCAACGUCCGCUUCGGCAGGAAGGGGACAACGACACAAGUCUCACUGAGCCAGAGCCGCCCGGUGGUCAGGCCCAUCCAGGUGACGGACAACAAUGACAUUACCGUGUCCACAGGUUAUGGGAGGGGCGUGUCCAACGUGAAGAUGAAGACGGUUUACUAUCAGACGACGGCGUCGGCUCAGAACUGUAACUUUGACAUCACGGUGGAGGUGGCAGGCUCUGCCUCCAGCAACACCAAUCCGAGCAUGAACGCUCCUCACCUGAUCGCCUGCGUCAAGUACAAGCCUCCUCCUAACGAGUUUAUCACUGAGUCCAGUCUGACGGUGAUGGAGAUUCAGCUCCCUACAGGAGUGGAUCCGGUGAUGCAGGACCUGCGGCAGUACGCUGACUCAGACGAGCCGACCGUCUCUCACUUUGAACUACAAGGAAACACUGUGAUCAUCCAGAUGGACGUUGUUCCCUCAGACGUGUCCCUGUGUGUGGGUUUCCGGGUCCGUACCGGGUUCAGGGUGGGCGGGGCCACAGAGUCUCUGCUCAAACUCUAUGAGCUGCAGGACCGAGGCAACGAAUGCACCAAAAGUUUCAGCUACGAGCAGAAGACGCAGCAGCGCCUCUGUGUGGACGAAGUGUGUCAGUGCAUGACAGCUGCGUGUGCGACCUACAGAGGAAACAUUGACGUGACUCUGACUCAAGCCAAACGAACUGAAGAAACCUGUAAACCACACAUCAAAUACGCAUUGAAGCUGACGGUGAAGUCUUCCGUGUCAGAAGGAGACUUUGUGACCUACUCAGCCACCGUAGGAGGAGUCCUGAAGAAAGAAAAAGAGUUCGGCACACUGAGUUCAGGGACCAACGUGGAUCUGGUGAAGAAGGUCACCUGCAGCACCGUCAACAUCCAGAACAACAAACAGUACCUGGUGAUGGGCGCCAGCGGGUCAGAGGUUGCGGAUGGACAGUACCGUCUCCCUCUGGACUCGGAGAGUCUGGUGGAGUUAUGGCCGACAGAAUGUAGCUCUCCUGAGUGUAAGACCUACAUUUCCCAGCUGGAUGUGUUCAACGAGGAUAUGCUGUUUGUCGGCUGCUGACCUCAGAAUUCAGAGCAGAUUCACCAUUGAAAGAGAAAUACUGUGCACUAUUAGUUUGAAUGUAAAUUAAUUUUAUUUCUGUUUUUAAGAAUGAUGUCAUCAUUUAAUAAUCUAACAAUAAAAGGUGAAUAAAUACUCUG